GUCGAAAUGCAGUGAGUUUUGUUUUAUUUUCAUCGAUAUUGGUCACUGGAAGUGCUUUGUCAAAUAAUUGUUGUGCUUUUUACGAUUAGCCUACUCUCACAGCACCAUAUCUGUACACCGCAUACGGGUUAUAUCGUUUCGAAAUGGAACGUAUGGACACAACUGAUCUUGUUGAAACCAAACCUGAACUACUUUUGAAGGACGGAAACCUCGCGGACCUCGUUGGUACACAGAUCGAACGGCAACAACAGGUUGUUGAGGCCCUCCUGGGGAAAGAUGGUUCCGAUGAGAGAUUCCUGCAGAUGUUGGCCUUAAUGCCCUAUGACGAGUUGCAGAAAUUCAUCGUGGAGGUUCUGCAGAACCACUCUAAGCCUCACCAGAUUGAAGAGCGUUUGGCACUGCUGCUGACAUUUCUGCAGAUGUUCCCUAAAUCGGUUUACGAGAGCCGCACUAUAGAAAUCAUACGGGACACAAUCAACACUCUGCUUGACGAAGCUCCACGCAGGUUCAUCAUCUACCGCACUAAAUAUCAUUUUGUGAUUGCUACGAAAUUAUUUCCGCUGUUUUUGAUUUCAAAGAAAGAUGGAGAUCGCGGGCAGUUUUAUCAGCGUGUCAUAACUGUCGUAGUGAAAUAUCAUCUCAGCUGUAUUCUUGAAUGCUCAUCGGACGAGGAGGCCAUAAACAUCAACCCCGACAGCUGUUGGCAGAGUGUUCAUCAGCUGAUUAACGAGAUGUUUUCUGCAUUCAAAAUGAGCUGGUGCGGAUUUUGGAAAUCGUCGGAUUCUAUCGUAAACCUGGAGCAUUGGUGGAAAAUGUAUUGCAAAUGGCAAAGUGUCCAUAAGAACACGGGAAUUUUUAAUGAUGUCUUGGAUUUUCUGGUGACUUUGACUUUCUGGGCGUUUCUCUUGCACAAGUAUUUUUACGCAAAGUCACUCUGUGAUAUUUCCCCAGCGAAGACCAUUUUUGUUAAGAAUGGGUGCGGGUGUUUCGAAACAGGUGGUGUCUCAUGUCGGAAAAAUGCAGCUACGAAAGUUGUCAUUAUAUAUGGAAGGUAUUAUGAAUUUAAGUGAAAAGGUAUGGAAUAUUCUGAAUGACGACGAUGCCAAUCGUUUGCUGCUAUCGCAGACUUAUUCCGAAUUACGACUCGAUGAAUCUUCCGUAUUCAGUACUUUCCGGUCGGAUCUCGCCAUAUUGAUUGGCCGUUCUUUGGCGAUAUUCGACUCUGAUUCCUUUCCUUACUGGUUGAAAACCCAGUUGCUGGCUCAACAUAUUGCUCAGUCGUGCAAAACACCCAUAACUCUGGAAACGUUUGAAAAUAUAUGUAAGCUUGUUCGCAGGCUGCGUGUCCAAGGAAAAUUUGAUGUUUCGCGAUCUAUAUUUGAUGGAGAAAAGUCAGCCAUGGUUGCAUACAUCUGGGACGACCAAGAUUUGUUGGCGUUUUGCUGCAUGAUCUUGUUGAAUCAUUUGCAGUCGGAUCUGAUGAAACCACAGUCGGUGGAUCGUAUUAGUGACGAGCAUCUGCAAGUGGCUUUUGUCCUGAUCCAGCCCGUUAUUGGACAGUAUCCCGAUUUAUUCCGGCAUCUUUUUACGGUUUUGGAAGCCCGGCAAAAGUUUUCGUUCAGACAGUUUUUCGACUUUAUUAUCAGCCCGGAAAUUGUGAGUGAAUUUAGUUUACUUCUGGGCAAGGUUGUGAUGGAGCUGCGCUCAGAAUCACCUUCAGUUGGUGUGAGCGUUCAUAAAACCAGAGGAGCUAAUCGCGAAUCUACAGAAGCUCUGCAGGCGGAUCUGCAAAGGCAUGCCUUUUUUAUGACAAGCACUGGAAAUCAUCUUUUCGAAGCCAUUCAGAAUUAUUUAACUGCGGAAACUCUGACGAUUAUCAGAAUAUUGUUCCCAGCGGUCGAUAAUGCCUCCCCAAAACGUCUGAAAACUGCAUGAUUUUCGUCGUUUGUUUUGUACUUUUUCAUAUUAUUUUAUAUUUAUACUUUUUGUGAUAGAUAGUAUUUCAGUUUGAAGCAUCUGUUUUCAGUAUUUUGGUUUAAAGCUUAAGUUUACCUUUACGCUUUUUUGCUUGUUUUAAUUAAGUGUUACUUCGUGGAUACCGACUACAUAUCAUGCCUACCGGCCAUAAUAUGAAUCAGUUUAAGGAAUGCGAGUAUGGAAGAUCAAAAGUUCAAAGUUGGCGAUA